AUGACUUUGUAUAUUUGGCAAUAUGCUAUACCUGUUGAUGAAUGGUUUGUAGCAAAAGUGCAAACUACUUUAAAUCAUGAUCCCAUUUUAAAAUUAAAAACCAAAUUGAAUGAUGUUGAGUUAGAUUUGUUUAGAAAGAAUCCUUUUGGUUAUUUUCUUGAUAUGCCAGUUUUUAAGGUUCAAACACAAGUUUUGCAUUUCCUUUUAUUGAGGUUGCUUAACCAACCGAAUGCAAAUGAAUUGUGGUUUAAUAUUGGGGGAGUGAGACUGAAAUUUGGGAUUGAUGAGUUUGCCUUAGUUACAGGUUUGAAAUGUCAUGGAGAUAUUAGUAAACUUAGGAGAUGGUCUAGUCCGGAAGAUGGAGUUAAAAUAGCAAUUUUGUAUUUUCUUGAUGUGUUUCUGUUUUCGUCUCAAAACGUAAAACGUGUUUCCAUAGUCAACCUUAACAUAAUUGAGUCAAGUGAGUGCAAUGAAUUUCCAUGGGGACUAGAUUGUUCUAAUUGUGGGAUAGAUGAUUUAAAGGAUAAGUUGAAAGGGAAAAGUAAGCAAUUUGAAGAAGAAGAAGGUAAAAUCCCGUUUUAUUGGCUGGCUGUUUUCAUUUAUGCCUUGCAAUGUUGGUUCUAUGAAUGUUGCCCUGUCGCGGUCAAUAACCUUGCAAUUUUGGAGAAUGGCGAUGCUAUCCCAAGGAUUUUGAGAUGGAAAGUUGACAAUAAUCCUGGCGUUGCGGAAUUGGAGAAGCCUUUCUUCUCUUUGAGUGGAAAACAGAUGAAGUUGAGGAAAAUCACUCCUUCUGUUGAGGAGAUGAAUAAGUUGGACUUAUCUCAUUUUUUUAUCAAGGGAAAGGAUAAGAAGAAGGAGAUGAGCGAGAAUUUAUCUGAUUCAGAAGAUGAUAAAGCUGAGUAUCAAGGUGGUAAGGCAUCAUCUUCAGCUUUACCAAAGAAAAGAUCGCAUCUUGAUCAUUUUGAGAAAGAGCUGCAGACGGUGGUUUCUUCUCAAAAUAAAAUUGUGGAAGAUUUGAGCUGCUUUAAAAAUUAUGUGACUCUUCAGUUUACUAAUCUUUUUAAAGUUCUUGAUUCAAUCAAGAAGAGCUCAAAUGUAAUUGAAGAGCAGACAAACUUUCAUAAUGGAGCUUCAAUUAGUGAUAAUGGGUCUGAUGACAAGGAGGAGGAUAUAUCGUUUAAGGUAAAAUAAUUAAGCUAAUAUGUAUUUGUAUCAAUUUUUUAAGCAACAUAGUGAUGUACUAAUAUGAAACGACAAACUUAUAUUAUUAUAUAGGUGAUCAAUCGCAAUAUUGUGCAGCCUAUUGUG